AUGGCCGACGACCUCGACUCCAUCGUCAAGGGCGCGCCCGUCCCCGUCGCCGCCCACAACCUCGCGGGCGCGACGCCGAUGCAGAUGCAGAUGCAGAUGCAGCAGCAGCCCAUGGCCGGCAAGCAGGGCGACCCCCUCCAUCACACGCCCAGCUCUCCGUCGAUGGUAUACCUCAACCUCCUCAUCCUCGAGGCCUCCCUGCGCGCCCAGUUCCUCGAGCUCCGCGCCCGGCGGCGGCACCACACCUUCUUCCUCGCCCUCCUCACCGCCUGGGUCCUCGUCUUCGGCUACCAGCUCUACUUUGCGCCCCGCGAGGACGGCCGCGGCGUCGGCGGCUCCAUCUACUGGGCCGUCGAGGGCGCCCAAAAGGUCUGCUUCAUGGGCGGCAUCAUCACCGCCGCCCUCGUCUGGGCCACGGGCAUCUGGGACCGCGGCAUCCGCUGGCCCCGCCGCUGGUUUGCCAUCUCCAACAGGGGGCUGCGCGCCUUCAACUGCAAGCUCGUCAUCGUCGGACGCCCCUGGUGGGCCGAGGCCCUCUCCUCCAUCGGCUUCUUCCUCACCUACGGCAUCUUCUCCCACACGGCGAGCUCGUCGUACCGGCACGUCGAGCCGUCGCAGCUGCGCGAGGCCGAAAGGGAUCUGCCGCCGUCGGCCGACGUUCACCCGACGCUCGUCCUGCCGGCCGAAGACGAGGAGCACGGCGGACAUGAGGAGGACCUGGCCCCCGGCGGCGACUACGUCAAGCUCCUGCUGCUCCCCAAGCCCUUCUCCGCCACCUUUCGCGAAAACUGGGAGCUCUACCGGACCGAAUACUGGGAGAGGGAGAACGAGAGAAGGGCGCUGCUGCGCGAAAAGGUCAAGGAGCACGACCGCCGUCUCGCCCGCCAGACCUACGGUUCCCUCUGGUGGCUCCCCUGGCGGCCGACGCCGACGCAGGCUCGACGGCACGAACCCCACAGGACCCCCCAAGCCCGCCACCAGCUGGGGGAGAAGAACCGCAAGCGCGGGAGCAGCGGCGUGCGGCGACCGUCGACGAGCUCGAUGCGUAGUUCGACACCGUCCCUCGACGUCGACGACGGCCUCAACAGUAGGAGGUCGAGCUCGGCGUCGACGACGCAGGACAAGCGUCGGAAGAGGCCCGCCUCCGGCUCCAAGGUGAGGCGAGCCGGCACAGAGUCUCGGUCCGUGACGCCCGAGAUGCCCGCUCAGCUGGGCAUGGAGAGGACGCCGUCGGUGGACGAGAUCCCCGUCCGGGGCGGCCGCGUGCUGCGGAGCGCAAGCGCCGUGGCGAGAGACAACGGCUCGCCCGUCAAGGGAGGCUAG